AUGGCGACAGCUUUCGUUCUUGGGGUUGGGGCUAUCAGCGCCGCCAUUCUCGGCCGGUCUCUCGUGCAGCGCGGACUUUUUGUUGGAAGGGGUGCCGCCCAGGAGUGGGUGAAAGGCGGAUUCAGGGCUAAAAUGGACCGCAAAGAAGCCAUUGCGAUUCUGGGCCUCAAGGACGGCCCCAAACUGCGUACACAAUUGAAGGACGCACAUCGGCAAAUUAUGUUGGCAAACCACCCCGAUCGCGGUGGCUCACCCUACCUCGCCAGUAAAAUCAACGAAGCCAAGGAUCUCUUGGAGAAAGAAGGGAGAGGUCGGUAG